GAUGCAUAUUAUUAUUGGUUUAGAACUUCUUGUGUUCUUACCUUUUUCUUGUUCUCUUCAACCACCUAAUUUGCUUCCAAAUCCUUGCAAUGAAACUUGUGGAAAACUCCAUGUUCCUUUCCCAUUCUUUGUCAACUCUUCUUGUGCCUCAAUCUCAACUUCUUUCAACCUUUCUUGUUCAAACUCCUCUAACCUUUUCCUCAAAAUUGAUUCACAAAGUUACAAGGUUUUAGAGUUCUUCAAUGAUGGCUUGUUGGUGGACUUUCCAGCAGGCGCAUCGUCAUCUUCGACUUGCCGAAUGUACAAUGACUUGAACUCAUUUGGGAAAAGUUUUGAAGGAAAAGAUGAAGAUCAGUAUGGAAUCUCAUUGGACAAUGUUGUUGGACUCUAUGACUGUGAUGACUCCUCAGUAUGCAAACCAGAUUGUGAAACAAUUGAGCUUCCAGGGUGUGAUGGAAGUGGCAACAACCUUGGAUGCUGUUAUCCACUAAGUGAUCAUAGCAUAUGGCACAGUGGUGAAGGGUUCUCAGUGUUCUCUGAAUUUGGAUGCAGAGGGUUCUCAAGUUGGGCUGUUGUUAGAGGAUCUAAUUCAGGAAAACAUGGGGUGAAGUUGGAAUGGGGUGUUCCUUUGAAGAAGAAUUCAUCAUUAAUGGAGAAAGUUUGUGAUUUGAAUGCAGAAAUGGUGAAUGCCACUUCAGUUCAAGGUGCAGUUAGGUGUGUUUGUCAAGAUGGAUUUAUUGGUGAUGGUUUUCUUAAUGGAUCAGGAUGCUUGCAGUCUUGUAUGAAGAAUGGACAGGAAGCAUAUGGAGACAACUGUUACAUCAAAAAACAUGAUCAAAGGAAAAUGCUCAUCAUUGUAGGAAUCUUGGGUCCAUUUCUCAUUGUUGCUUCAUUGAUUGCACUAUUCUAUCUUCUCAAAAAACCAGCAACAAAGCCAGGAAUGUUUGACACAGAGCAGGCCUAUUACCACAGCAUUUCGUUCCGAAAACCGAAUCGAACUCGCCUGUUCAGCCACCAUGAUCUAGACAAAGCCACCAAAGGUUUUGAAGAAGGACAGAAGCUUAUGAGUGGACCAGUUGGCUCGAUUUUCGCCGGAGUUCUCGGCGACGGAUCCCACAUAGCAGUUCAGAAGCUAAAAUGUGAGAAUGAGAAGGACAUAAUCCAAGUUGUAUCACAAAUUGAGAUUCUAUCAAACAUUGUGCAUAGGAACAUGGCUUGUGUUCUUGGAUGUUGCAUUGAAUCUAGUUACACUCCUCUAGUGGUUUAUGAGUACCCUGCUAAUGGAACAUUAGAGGAGCAUUUGAAUCAUGAAUUCAAAGGAAAUAAUGGAGUUGGUUUGGAUUGGUAUAGAAGAUUGAUCAUAGCUACUGAAACAGCUUACAUUCUUGCAUUCUUGCACUAUGAGAAUUCCCCUCCAAUUUUCCACAACAAUCUAAAAUCUAGCUGCAUUUUCUUGGAUGAUGAUCUCUCAGUCAAGAUCGCAGGGUUCGGCCUACUCAAUUCUAAAUUCAAGUAUGAAUCUCAUCACUUUUGCAAGAAUGAUGUCUAUGACAUGGGAUUGCUUCUACUUGAGAUCAUCUCAGGCUCAAACUCGACUCACCAGAAGUCUCCGCCUACGUCGGCUUUGGAGAAAAUAAGGGAUGGGAAGCUAGAAGAGAUUGUUGAUCCUCUCCUUUCGUAUCACGAGAUGGCGCAGCUCCGGCGAGAUCAGGUGCAGAUUGUGGCAGACCUUGCAACAAGGUGUGUGCUAUUUGGUGGAGAUGGAAAGAUUGGAAUGGUUGAUGUUGUAAGAGAAUUGGUGCACAUAACAAAACAGAGUGGUGAUGCUGCCAAUUUGGAUUUCUUGGAGGAAACAUUCUCAAAUUCAAGCCUUCUUCAAAUGAUUUCAAUGUCUCCUGAUUCUAUCAUUAUUCAUUGAAAUCUCUUUCAAAUUUUGUAACAUAAAAAUUGCAUAACUAUUGACUACCAAGCCCAAAAGUGUAUGUGUGCUUUAGAAAUCACCUAUGGCUAUUAUCAUUGUAAAUUCUUAAGGAAAAUACUCA